GGAGUAAGGUUCUGAUGUAGCCGUACUGGAUGGAUACUCGAGAGCUGCGUGCUGAGGAUGCAGGGUCAGACGAGUCGGGGUCGGUAUUGGUCAGGCAUAUCAGGCUUAAGCGGCAGGAGGAAGAGUAGUCAGGUCACAGGCCAGGUCAGCAAUGGAGGAUCAAUCAGACAGGAGCAGAGACAGAAGAAUAAUCCAAGACAAGCCAGAGGUCAGGGCAGGAAGCAAGGAAUCAGGGAACACAAGCAAUGGGACAACUACUGCAGCUAGUUUAAAUAGCCCCUUUGGCACCAGCAUCAGUGACAGGCUCGUGCGCCUGUAUGUGCGAGUGCUCAUGUGUGUGCCUAUGUCCAAGUGCCUGCACAUCUGUUCGGCUCGCAAGGACUCUACACAUGCG